AUGUGGAAACUGAUCUUUUGGUCCGUGACUGUUCAUGCAGCCUUUCAAUUCAGUCCAAUUGUGGCGGAGCGCAGUGUUCAGUUCCUAACCGGCAACUGCACCUUUAACCCAAAAUACUUCACGAACUUCACCCUGACCAUUGUCGACAACAUGAUGAACAUGGAUAUGCACCUGAACAGGCCCAUUCAAAGGGGCUUCAAGGCCAACCUCGACAUUCAGCUGCGUCUGGCCAACGCCAAGAACUUCCAGUCCGUGUUCAACCAGAAGAACGACGUGUGCGCCAUGAUUGCCAGUAUGAAGAACAGCCUGUUCAAUAUCUGGUUCAAAGAUAUGACUAAGAACAGCAACUUCAUGUACAACUGUCCGGUGGAGGUGGGCCACUACUACAUGCACAGCUGGCGCAUGAGAAGCUCCUUGACCCACAAGUUUCUCAUACCUGGCGAAUAUCGCGGCCUGAUAAACUUCUUUUAUGGAAAAUAUAAAACCAAAUCCUACGAGGAGGCCCUGAGUCUGUCGAUUGAUUCGAUCCUUUCGAACUAG